GAUCAAAAGGAACAGAAAACCGAAAAUGCCCACCGCAAGGAUCAGAGCACCAAUACAUAUGCUCAGGAAUGUCCAGCAGCGCCGGAUCUGGAGUUCAUCAGGACGAUCUGUGAGUCGCUGGGUCGGGCCAUGGUUGCCUGCGCCACAGCGGCCGUGGAGGCUGCGAGCAAGAUGCCCCCCAAUGCGGGAAAAGUUCGCUGCGCCAGCAACUGGGAGACCCAAGAUUUGAGCUACUUCAUGGCACAGACACAGGAGACAACGGCCACGUCCGAGAGACCCAUGCUAUCGACACCCUGGGUGAACACCCAGCCGAGCAUUAACGCGGAGAACAACAGCUUCCCGGGUGCCAGUAGCCCAGGUAAAGAUUCUGCGUACACUCUGAGAUCGAUAGGGAUCAAGCCACCAUCUGCCAGUACGCUAACGAAAGUCAUACCAGACGACGUGGCUGCAGUCAACCUAGACCCCAAACACUCGGCACGAUCUUCGGUUGAUAGUGCCAAGGAAAGGAAAAGCAAUCGUACGCCCCGUGCCUCAAUCCAAAGCACAAAAUCUUCAGCCAGUGAUGCCCAACGGAAGAGUUGUGCCUCAGCCAGUGGCUCGGAACGAAAAUGCACUCCUCGGCACAGUAAUCAGAGUACACAAUCUUCAGCCAUUGUGGCAAAAAGUCAGCAGACGGACCAGGAGACUUCUCCCCAUGGCCCACUCAGCGCCACAGAACGGAAGAACUCGUCUCAUGAAUCCAUCCAGACUGCUGUACCACUGGCCAGUGCUGCGGAACAGCAGAGUCCUCCCCCUGCAGCGGAGCCUAAGGAAUGUGCAGGAAAUGCUGCUGAACCGAAGGAUUUCCCCGGGGAAUCCAUCAAGAAUGGCCAAUCUACAGCCGAGGAUUCCCCCCGUGAAUGCGUAGAAAGUGGCAAGUCUACGGCCAGUGCUGCGGAGCGGCAGGAUUCACCCUCUGCCGCCAUCCACAGUGCACGAGCUUCAAGCAAUACUGCGGUACAAAAGAAGAGUUCCCCCCGUGUCUCCCGUGCUCCCUCUUUGGCCAGCAGGAAAGGUUCUGCCGUGGUCAAGCCAGGCGCAGGCAAUCGCAGUUCCAACGGUGGCGCCCCAAGCAACAAACUGAUGAAGAAAGCCAAGAAAAGAAAGACCAAAGAGCCAAACCAAAGAAAACCGUCCACCGUCCCAUCGUUGGUGCAGGAGAAUCCUCAGAAUAAGGAUGCCAAACGGAAAGUCUCCACAGCGUCGGUCAAAGAGCGUCCAAUUCUGAAGCCCCUGAAAUGUUGUGUGCCAUGCAAGUACGUCACCUAUUGCUGCUGCCAUGCGCCACCAAAUGCACCGAAACCUAUGCAUAGUUCGUGUAGGCCAUGGUUUUGUUAG